ACCCUCAGCCAAACUGCCAACUGGCGGCCAAACCCCACUGGGCCCCUAUCCCCGUCUUCUGCAUAAAACUACAACUUCUCAUUAAUCGUAAGAUCACGUGCCUACCCGAAACCAUUGAGUGAUUCCCAAUAACAAGGAAGAUAUUGAGCAAGAAAACCCAUUUCCAUUUCAUUCCGAAGUAAAAAACUUAUGAUUGUUAAAAGAGAAGAUUUACGAUGAAAGUUUGAAAUUUUCAUUGAGUUAACUCCAAUAUUUUUUAUUCAUUUUUUUUUUUGGUGGGUUUGGGAAUAUAUUGGUAUAAUAGAUAGUAAUAGAGAGGGUCAAUAAUGGGUUGGAGUGGACCAAGAAGAUUUACAGUGAUAUUUUGAAAUUUUCGGAUUGAGUGAAAAUCCAAUAUUUUAUUUUUCUCUGUGGGUUAUGAAAAAAUUGGUGUAAUAGACAGUAAUAAAGGGAGAAAUUUAUGGGUUGGAGUAAUCCGUUCCGAGAGUUGGCGAAUUCCAAGCCAUUGUUCCUGACGAUUUAUGCAACUGUCAUUAUUGGGAUUUUGGUCUCUUCCUUUUAUGUAUUCUCUGCGGUUUUCUCCAGCUCCGGUUCCUUCUCCUCUGUCACAUUUUCAACGUCAACUGCCCCUGGUCCCAUGCCCGUAAACCAACCAUCUAAUUUUUCUCAUAUAAAAGGAGCAGGUGCAGUGCCAGAAUUAAUCUCCCAGCCUCAAAGCAAAUUGCUGAAACCUAUUUGGGAGGUUCCCCCUCCUGGUUCUAAAAUGCCCCCCCUGAAGAGCUUUAAACUAACAAAAGAACUAGUUCAGCAAAGAGUGAAGAAUAAUGUUGUAGUAGUGACCUUUGGUAACUUUGCUUUCAUGGAUUUCAUCCUGACUUGGGUUAAACACUUGACAGAUUUGGGUGUUGAUAACCUUCUUGUUGGUGCCAUGGACACAAAACUGUUAGAGGCUCUUUAUUGGAAAGGCGUUCCAGUUUUCGAUAUGGGUAGUCAUAUGAGUACAAUAGAUGUUGGUUGGGGCUCACCAACAUUUCACAAAAUGGGGAGAGAAAAGGUUAUUUUGAUAGAUUCUAUCUUGCCUUUCGGCUUUGAAUUGCUGAUGUGUGACACAGAUAUGGUCUGGCUGAAGGAUCCCCUUCCAUAUCUUGCACGUUUCCCCGAAGCAGAUGUGUUAACUUCUACUGAUCAAGUCACACCUACAGUUGUUGAUGACAGAUUGGACGUCUGGCAACAAGCUGGUGCUGCCUACAACAUAGGAAUUUUUCACUGGAGGCCAACAGAGUCUUCAAAAAAAUUGGCAAAAGAAUGGAAAGAAAUGCUUCUAGCAGAUGAAACGAUAUGGGAUCAAAAUGGUUUCAAUGAGAUCAUUCGCAAGCAGUUGGGGCCAUCUGUUGAUGAAGAUAGUGGGCUAGUUUAUGCUUAUGAUGGAAACCUCAAGCUGGGACUUCUGCCAGCGAGCAUCUUUUGCAGUGGACAUACCUACUUUGUCCAGGCUAUAUACGAACAACUCAAAUUGGAGCCGUAUGCUGUACAUACUACUUUCCAAUAUGCUGGUACUGAGGGGAAGCGUCAUCGGCUGCGUGAAGCUAAGGUUUUCUAUGAUCCACCGGAAUAUUAUGAUACUCCAGGAGGGUUCUUGACAUUUAAGCCUUCUAUACCCAAGAGCUUGUUAUUAGAUGGCAUACAUAACCUAGAGUCACACUUCGCUCUGGUUAAUUACCAAAUCAAACAAAUAAGGACUGCACUUGCCAUUGCUUCAUUAUUGAAUCGUACACUGGUAAUGCCUCCACUAUGGUGCAGGUUGGAUAGACUCUGGUUUGGACAUCCUGGGGUUUUGGUGGGCACUUUGACGAGGCAACCAUUUGUAUGUCCAUUGGAUCAUGUGUUUGAGGUUAAUGUAAUGUUGAAGGAAUUUCCAGAAGAGGAAUUGGGGCCGAAGAUUAAUUUUAGGGAAUAUUCUUUCUUUGAAAACCCACUUUUGCCCCAGCAGGUGAAAGAGUCAUGGCUUGAUGUGCAUCUUUGUCAGGAGGGAUCACAAGGUUGUCUAGUGUCAAACAGUACAAGUCGGGUGGGAGUUCUCAAGUUUCCUAAGCGUAUGACUGAAGAAACGUUGAAGACUGUUUUCUCAUCAUUCAAGGAUGUCAAAGUCAUUCAGUUCUCAUCAAUGCAAGAUGCCUUUUUAGGCUUCAGUGACAAGAACCGGGAGGAAAAAUUCAGAAAUCGAAUGCAACGAUACGUGGGUAUUUGGUGUUGCGUGGAGGAUCACACUCCAGGCCACAUAUAUUACGACAUGUAUUGGGACGAGAAGCCCGGCUGGAAACCAAUUCCUCCCCAAACUCCACAAGAAGACCAUCCCCCUCUGGUAUAUGCUGGGGCUAGCGGCGGCUAAAGAUAAAAGCCACGGAAUAUUUGGAGCUGUUCCAUAUACCUAACCCCCAUUGGUUACAUAAGAGACUUGUAUUCAUAUUUAUAGUCGGUAUGUUUUUAUAUUUAUCUACGAGCUUUUUUGGUUUAGAAUAGUUUCUUUCUACAAGAACAAAUUUUUUUUGAUUUAUUGUGAAAAAUAUUUAAGUGCAAAUAAAGGAUAUAAGCUAAUCAUUCGAAGUUUUACUAA